AUGCCUGGCUUCGACUUCUCCAACUACAACCGCAAUGCGGCUCUCCACGCACAGGGUAUGCCUCUCCCCAAGGCUACCAGCACCGGUACGACGAUUGUAGGAUGCAUAUUCGAUGGAGGUGUUGUUGUACGUUUCUCUGCCAUCCCGCUCCGCCCCAGCAUGAAUCUAUUCCCCCAUCCCAUCAAACCUCCCCUCUCCAUGAUUGCCGCAGACACCAGAGCCACCUCGGGCCCCAUCGUCGCCGACAAGAACUGUGAGAAGCUUCACUACAUCGCCCCCCAGAUCUGGUGCGCCGGCGCCGGCACCGCCGCCGACACCGAGUUCACCACCGCCCUCAUCUCCUCCCAGCUCGAGCUGCACGCCAUGUCCACCGGCCGCAAGCCCCGCGUCGUCACGUGCAUGACCAUGCUCAAGCAGCACCUCUUCCGCUACCAGGGCCACAUCGGCGCCUACCUCGUCGUCGCCGGCGUCGACCCCACCGGCACCCACCUCUUCACCGUCCACGCCCACGGCAGCACCGACAAGCUCCCCUACGUCACCAUGGGCAGCGGCAGCUUGGCCGCCAUGAGCGUCUUCGAGUCCAAGUGGAAGGCCGAGCUGACCCAGGAGGAGGCCGUUGAGCUCGCCAGCGAGGCCAUCCUGGCGGGUAUCUGGAACGACCUGGGCUCCGGCUCGAACGUGGACGUCGCCGUCAUCACGCCGGAGAAGACGACGCUGAAGAGGAACCUGAUCAAGCCAAACGAGAAGGUACCCAAGCAGCAGAGCUACAAGUUCGCCAGAGGCACAACGGCCGUCCUGAACGAGAAGAUUAUCAAGAAGAGCGAAAUUGGCCGGUACGUCAGUGUGCAGGAGGUGCCCCUCGAGUCCGACAAGAUGGAGGUGGAUUCUUAG